AUGCACCGUGCUUCAUUAUUUUUUAACAAGUCUUCACUUGCUCAAUUUCCAACACGUCUAGCCAUAACGUCUAAAAAUGCUAGGAAAACUAUGUUAUCACGUUAUUAUGCUACUCACAAAGAACUUAAAUUUGGCGUUGAGGGACGUGCUUCCUUAUUGCAAGGCGUUGAUAUACUUGCUAAAGCAGUUGCCAUUACAUUAGGGCCUAAAGGGCGCAACGUGAUAAUCGAACAAUCUUACGGAAGUCCAAAAAUCACAAAAGACGGUGUCACGGUCGCUAAAAGUAUAACACUUCAAGAUAAAUUUGAGAAUCUUGGGGCCAGAUUGGUUCAAGACGUCGCAAACAAAACAAACGAAGUGGCAGGAGAUGGUACAACUACAGCUACAGUUCUCACUCGCGCAAUUUUCGUCGAAGGCGUUAAAAAUGUUGCAGCAGGUUGUAAUCCAAUGGAUCUUCGUCGAGGUGUUCAAUUAGCCGUUGAUGCAAUUGUUAAAUUCUUGAGGGAAAAAAGUCGUGUAAUUACCACAAGUGAAGAAAUUGCCCAGGUUGCUACAAUUUCAGCUAAUGGCGAUACUCAUGUUGGUCAACUCAUUGCUAAUGCUAUGGAAAAAGUUGGAAAGGAAGGAGUCAUUACCGUAAAGGAAGGAAAGACUAUCGAUGAUGAACUUGAAAUAACUGAAGGAAUGAAAUUUGAUCGCGGAUAUAUCUCACCAUAUUUUAUAACCGAUGCAAAAGCUCAAAAGGUUGAACUCGAAAAACCCUUGAUCGUUUUGUCCGAAAAAAAAAUUUCUGUUUUACAAGAUAUCCUUCCAGCUUUGGAAUCUUCAGCUCAACAACGCAGACCACUUCUGAUUAUCGCUGAAGACAUUGAAGGAGAAGCUUUGGCUGCAUGCAUAUUAAAUAAAUUACGCGGCAAUAUUCAAGUCGCUGCUGUCAAAGCCCCGGGUUUUGGAGAUAAUCGAAAAUCUAUUUUGGGUGAUUUGGCUAUUUUAACGGGAAGCACAGUUUUUUCUGAUGAGUUGGAUAUUAAACUUGAACGAGCAACACCAGAUUUAUUCGGAACAACAGGAUCGGUUGUAAUUACCAAAGAAGAUACCAUCCUUCUUAACGGAGAAGGUUCUAAGGAUCAGAUUAAUCAUCGGUGUGAACAAAUCCGCGCUACCAUCAAUGACCCAUCCACAUCAGAUUAUGAAAAAGAAAAACUUCAAGAGCGUCUUGCUAAAUUAUCAGGAGGAGUUGCAGUAAUUAAAGUGGGAGGCGCAUCAGAAGUUGAAGUUAGUGAGAAAAAGGAUCGAUUCGUUGACGCCUUAAAUGCCACACGUGCAGCGGUUGAAGAAGGCAUUGUUCCUGGAGGUGGUAUAGCGCUCUUGAAAUCUAUCAAGUGCUUAGAUUCAUUUAAAACCAACAAUUUCGAUCAACAAUUAGGUGUAAGUAUUAUUAAAUCGGCACUCCAAAAACCAGCACGAACAAUUGUUGAUAAUGCUGGAGAAGAAGGUGCAGUCAUUGUAGGAAAAUUGUUAGAAGAUCAUAUAAACGAUUUUAAUUACGGUUAUGAUGCAGCCACUGGUGAAUAUGGAGACUUGAUUUCUCGUGGUAUUGUAGACCCAUUGAAGGUUGUUAGAACAGCACUUAUUGAUGCUUCUGGAGUAGCAAGUUUAUUAACGACAACAGAGUGUAUGAUCACGGAAGCUCCUGGUUAG